AAACCUGUAUAAUUUUAUUAACCAAUGUCACCCAAUAAGUUCAAUUUAAAAAGAUAGUUACACUUCUGUAGGAAGACAGAAGGGGAUUCUACCCAGGGGGACUUUAUGAGAACCAACUUCAACAGACCUUACAAAAACAGAUGGGAGGGAAAACAGAGGAGCCCAGGGAGAUGGUCUUUCCCCAGCCUCAGACAGACACAGCAGGAAGGGCACUGAGGCUGAAAGACUAGGUAGGAGGGUGCAACUGGGGGGAAGGGGGAGCCCUGGUCACCAGUGGGUAUGGCUUCAUCCCUCCCACCUCAGAGCCAUGGGGAGCCAGGGUCCUGGUGUGCUGCCCCUGCUGCAGGCUCCUACUGGUUCUGCUGCUACCACUGGGGACAAGCACCAAGACCCAGCAACCCAAAGCUUCUUCCUCUGGCUGCAGAGGAUGGAGGCUCUGGAGAGGGAGUAGGAUGCCCUGUGGCAGGGGCUGGGGCUGCUAGAGGCUGCCCAGAAUUUUCUAACAGAUUUACACUCGCCUGGUGGUGCCCAGUUAACCUGGAUUUAAAAGGUGAACAUCUGUUUGCAGAGUAUGAUCCAGGGGAAGGUGUUUAUUGUUUUUAGUUUAGACUUUUGGGAGGUUGGGGUAGAGAGGAGACUUGGGGCCAGCCCUGGUUUAAAGGAGAACAGCAAUCUUCCCCCUGUUCCCCCCAUGACUCUUGAACAUGCUAGUUCCUUUGCCACCCAGGACUGGAAGCAAAGGUCAAGGAAGCAGAACUUGUGGCAGCAACAGGAGUUGUCAACACAGCAGAAAGGAAUCAUUCAACCAAAAGGGGAGAUGGCUCAGCCAGGCUGCCCCAGGGGUGGAGGGGCCGUACCAGUGUCUAAGGCUCCUCUCGUUCCCCUCAGUAGGUGACAGAACCUACUCAGUAGGCUGAGUCAGAACCUCCUAUUCUGCCUCUUGACUCCACAGCUAAAUAGCUCUAGGUGGUGGGCCAACUGAAGUCCAAACUUCUUGGUGUAGUUUCUUCCAGCUCACCUUCUUGGUAUUUUAUGCCUCACUCUCCUAUAUUUCUUUGAAAUCCCUCUGAGGAGAAGACAUGUUUAUUGAAACUGUCCUUCAAAUUUAAAUACAAAAAUAAAAUAGAAGCUUCUCCAGAAUUUCAAAUAAAAACAAUCCUAUAAAUAACACUUUCUGGUACCUUCCUACCGGCUCCUUCCCUACCUUUGUCUCCUCCCCAUAUCUUCCUCUCUACCUGCGCUUGGGAGUACAGAAACAAGUGUGGAAUAAAGAGGCUACAGAGAAACAGAAAGCAGCUUUCUCCAAAAAUGAGUCUUUGGUUUGCUUCCCUAGAGGAUUAGGGAAAGUGCAUUGUGGGAAAAUCUAUUACCCUCCUUCCCAGUCUUGCUAAGAGAAGGGACAAGUGUACGAGAAGGAAAACGUCCAACCCAUGCUGUCUUCUCACCAAGACUGAAAACUCCGGAGGCCCAUCCCUCUAGGCUCUGUCG